AUGUCGGAAGUAGCACCGCCCGCGCCAGCACCUCCAGCAGACUCCAUAAAUCUGAAACAGGAAGAGGAAUAUCAAAACUUGAUAAACUCGCUUCCAACACGCUGGGAAAUAGAACUUGAGUUUGUCCAGUCGCUUUCAAACAUCCCCUACGUCAACUACUUGGCUCAAAAUGGCUAUCUCCUGGACCCACAGUUUAUCCACUACUUGAAAUAUUUACAGUACUGGAGUGAGCCUAACUACUCGAGGUAUUUAGUUUACCCCAACUGCUUGCACAUUUUGAAAUUGUUGCAGCUGGAAGUGUUCCGUAAGGAUAUAGUCAAUCCUGAAGUGAUGAAUCUUUUGAUGAAUGAUAUGGUCCAGCGUUGGCAGCCUUCUUCCAAUGACAAAGAUGACGAAGAUCAAGUCAUGGCUUAUGAUAAUGGUGAAAAUGAUGAUGAUGAUGACGGGGCUAGGGUGGUGCAGAAUGGGACCUAG